GGCCAACGUUGUGCGCGAACACAGUGCUUCUCUUCUUCAAUACAGUUACUGACAUUGAACGCGUCGCAGCUCAUGUGAACGGCUUUCUGUUCUCAACUAGAGCCUCUUUCUGCACUGAACAAUACGAGUCCUGCUGUUGUUUUGUUUUUGCUUUUGUUUUUGUUCUCGGGCUUUUGUUUCGUGAUUAAAUGGACCUUCACGCCCUUCACACAUCCUGAGACAAGAGGAGGCUGUUGUCGUGCAGUGGGACGAUGGGUUUUGGAGAGGAACUGUGGUGCCAUCAGGGUCAUGCUGCUCUACUGCGGCUGCAGGACUCUGAGCUGCGGCUCAUGGAGAUGAUGAAAAAGUGGAUGACCCAAAGAGCCAAGAGCGACCGCGAGUUCUCUGCUCAGCUGCAUCAGAUGGCGGCCAUGGUGGAGAAAGUGGAAGGCCCUCAGCCUGGAGGAGGCUUGGAUUACAUCAGCCACCUCCAUAAGUCGUGUAACGUGAUGGUGAGCGAGACGGAGAACCUGAGUCGGAUCCUCCGUAAGCACUCUGAAGACCUGAUGGUGGGUCCGCUUAGCAAACUCACGCUUCUAAUCAGAGACAAACAGCAACUAAAGAAGACGUACAGCGAGCAGUGGAGCCACCUCAACCAGGAGCUAUGCAGGGUCACCCAAACUGAGUUGGACCGCCUGAAGGCUAGUUACAAGCAGCUGGUGCGGGACGUAAGCCAGGCCAAGAAGAAAUAUCAGGAGGCGAGUAAAGACAAAGAUCGUGAGAAAGCCAAGGAGCGCUACAUCAAAGCCACAUUGAAACUUCAUGAACACCACAACGAGUAUGUGCUGGCGGUGAAAGCGGCUCAGGUGCAUCAUCAGCAGCACUUUGGCCGGAGCCAGCCGGGGCUGCUUACAGCUCUGCAGACGCUGCAGGAGGAGAUGGUGCUCAUUCUGAAGGAGAUUCUGCAGGAGUAUUUUGACCUGUCCAGUCUGCUCCAGGAUGAAGUGGUAUGUGUUCAUAAUGAGAUGGCCAGUGCCCUCAAAUCCAUCGAACCACACCGAGAGUAUGAAAGCUUCAUUCAGCAGAACAGGUCAAGAGUGGAAGUACCAGCGUGUGUGGAGUUUGACAGCAGUCUGUUGGAAGAUACUGAGCGUUUGAAGCCUGAGGAGCUGGAAUUGAAUGAACUCACUCUGGAAGGAAUACAACACCGGCUCACAGCUAUCGAGGAGGAACUUCUCAGCAUAGCAGCGAGUCUGGGAACACAGCAGGCCACUGUUAACCAGCUGGAGAUGGACCUGGAGGCUGAAGAGAGUUUGGACAACUCUGGCCAGAGGGUGUACCAGUUCAGCAAGCGCAACGCUCUGGAGGACAGCAGGCAGCAGGUGGUGAUAUCGAUGGUGGCACGUGCCCGGCUCGAGGCCCAGCGCAGGUUGCUGGCUGAUAAGCUGCAGAGCCUUGGCAGUAAUGACGCACCAUCAUUGGGCCUGGAUGAUGAUCGGAUUUCUCUCAACUCCAGCACCUCUGAACGUGACAAAGACUUCAAGGUUCCCAGCAUGGACAGCAUCAUCAACCACCUGAGCAGCCUGUUCAAACCCAAGUACACUAGUAGUGUGUUUUACGAUGCCUCCCAGGUGCCACCGGCUCUGUCUCCUGUGCCUGAGAUUGAGAAGCCUCUGACUCAGCAGUGUUGGUACCAUGGUGCCAUCCCACGUGUCGAAGUCCAGGAGCUGCUGAAGAAUGAUGGGGACUUUCUGGUCAGGCAGAGCCAGGGCAAACAGGAGUAUGUGCUGUCUGUGCACUGGGCUGGACAGUGUCGUCACUUCCUCAUUCAGAACUCAGAGGGUAUGUAUCGUCUGGAUGGUGAAGGUUUCCACUCUAUACCACUGCUCAUGAACUACCUUCUCAACUCCAACAAAAAUGUCACUAGGAGGACAGAUAUAGUGUUGAAAAGACCCAUCCCAAGGGACAAAUGGUGCCUAGAGCAUGAUGACGUUAUCCUUGGCCAAAGCAUUGGGCGGGGGAACUUUGGUGAAGUGUUCAGUGGCCGCCUACGCUCAGACAACACACCAGUGGCGGUGAAAGCCUGCCGUGAAAACCUAGCCAUAGAACUCAAAAAUAAAUUUCUCAUGGAAGCUCGGAUUCUAAAACAGUAUGACCAUCCAAACAUAGUGAAGCUCAUUGGUGUCUGCACGCAGAAACAGCCCGUCUAUAUAAUCAUGGAGCUGGUGCAAGGGGGAGACUUCCUGUCCUUCCUCCGUUCAGAGGGACAAAGCCUGAAGCCAAAGAUGCUGAUUAAGAUGGCAGAGAAUGUGGCGUCUGGCAUGGAGUACCUGGAGAGCAAGAAGUGCAUCCAUCGGGACCUGGCAGCGAGGAACUGUCUUGUAGGAGAGAAGAGUGUAGUGAAAAUCAGUGAUUUUGGCAUGUCGCGCGUGGAACAGGAAGGCGUGUAUUCAGCAACUGGCGGCAUGAAACAGAUCCCAGUAAAAUGGACUGCACCAGAGGCCCUCAACUAUGGGCGCUACACCCAUGAGAGUGACGUGUGGAGUUUUGGAGUGCUGCUUUGGGAGACGUUCUCUAGAGGAGUAACUCCAUACACCAGCAUGAACAAUCAGCAGACCAGGGACGAAGUAGAAAGAGGGUAUCGUAUGCCAGCUCCCAAUGGCUGUCCGGAUGAGAUCUAUGCCCUAAUGCGUCACUGCUGGCAGCAUGACCCAAGAAUGCGUCCUUCCUUCCUAAAAAUCAGGGCAGAGCUACACGCUCUUUGCAUUUAACACACACACACACACACACACACACACACACACACACACACACACACACACACACACAUCUCUUAAGCUGUGUUUUUAAAAAAAAAAAAAUUUAUAAACAAGCAAAAUUAUGUCUAAUGUCUAAAUGAACAGAACUUUUGAUAUGACUGUCUUUGUAAUGUAUAUUUUGCUUCUGGAACAUUUUUUAUAAUUUUUGUAAUGUAUUUAAAUUGAAACCUUGCCAUAACUUAUGAUCACGAUGUACUCACAUGACAUUGCUUUUCCUCUAAAUAAAGUCAGUGUUGUGAAACAAAGAUGAAAUCUGUAAAGAUAAAAUCAGACUUCACAUGCAUCUUAUCUAAUAGCCCUUGUGAUGUAAACUGCCUUCAUCAACAGCUAUUCCUUACUAUAGCUGGGGUAAUUUAGCAGGUGAUCUGUACAUAAUCAGGGCUGACAAAUGACCACAGCUCUCUUUCACAAGAACUGAGUUUUGUUCAUUUUCUCCUCCAAAACAGUAAGGGAAAUGGAUUGCAAACUUAACUCCUCAAUGCUGUGAAAAGGUCUUUUGCAGAUGCAUCAUAACUGACAUGAAGUAAAUAGAACAAUAGAGCCAGCAGACUGCAUUCUGAAGCUUGACUUUACACACUGCUGAACAUAUUGUGAGGUUGUUUUGCCACUUCUCAGAAAGGCUUCCUCAGUCUGCCUAAAUGAUCCACACUAUUUAAACACUGUAUGAUUCUCAUGACAUCAUGAAAUUAGUGUCAUAAUGAUUGACAAAUGUGUGUAUCAUGAUUUAUCAAUAAGAAAAACCUCACAAAUGGCUUUCAGCUUUGGUCUGAUAUUUUGAUAUUUAAAGAUAAAGCAUGAAGGGUACUAUUCAACAAAAAAUACCUCAUUAAUGUGUUAAAAUCAGUCGUAUUUUUGCAGAAAAUAUGUUCUUUAUGCAUUUUUGUUAUAAGCUGUUCAAAAAUAAAAAUGACGAUUGCUUUGUGAAAGUGCCAAAUCUGCAUUUAUGUAUCUAGUGACAUGCUAUGCAUUCAGUGACUGAAUAUAGAAAUCUUUCACUGUUUGUUUACUUCAUCACUUCAUUUACUACAUCAAGUAAUCAAGCAAAAAAACCAUAACCUUUAUUUUUUAUAAGAUCUUUAUUUAUUUGGAUUAAAAUAGGUUUUGGGGUUAAUUAAUAGGUUGCUGCUCUUAUGUCUGUUCCAUCUGAGCUAAAGGUUGGGGUUAGGGUACAAAGACAAUUGUGAACUUGUGAAAUUUGUGGCAACAGUUUGGGGAAGGCUUAUAUAUGGGUGUGAGGGUCAGGUGUUCACAUACUUUUGGCACCACAUCAUAUUAGUAUAUUAUGCCAUAUACCACAGCAAAGCUGAAUUCUCAAAUCUGAUUAGUCAUAAAGUGUACAUUGUUUUUGUAUAAUCGCAGGGGUUGGACAAUAGUUUAAUGAACAAUAGCUUUAUAUUGAUGCCCUCAUUCUAAUACAUGGUGUUUCUAUAGUAACAGUUAAUUCACGGACAUAUGUAU